AUGCGAGCCUCUCUAGAUCAGACUCUUCUCCUUUCAUGCCCCGACAUUCAAAUCUUUGGCGCCCGUGAGACCACUGUGUCUCCGGGCUUUGGUUCCGCUGGCGCACUGAUCGACAUGAUCAAGGCUGAUCAUUCGGGUGUUACCGCGGAGGCUAUCGAAUACCCGGCCUGUGGAGGCCAGUCCUCCUGCGGUGGUGUUCAGUACGGCGAUUCUGCGAAACAAGGCACCGAGGCCGUGACCACCGCUGUCAAUGACUUCCACUCUCGCUGUCCCGAUUCGCAGAUUGUUUUGGUUGGAUAUUCACAGGGCGGUCACAUCAUGCACAACGCCAUCUGCGGAGGAGGAGACUCCGGAGCCGGUAUCACUGACACCGCUGUUCCUAUCACAGCCAGCGCAGUAGCCCAGGUCAAGGCAGCCAUCCUGCUUGGCGACCCUCGUUAUGUCAGUGGGCUCGCAUAUGGAGUUGGAACCUGCACUUCUGGCGGCUUUGAUGCUCGACCAGCUGGUUUUGUAUGUCCAAACGCCGCCAAGGUUCAGUUGUACUGUGAUGCUGAGGAUCCAUACUGCUGCGACGGAAACGAUGCCAACCACCAUCAGCAAUACGUUACUCUCUACGGAACGGAGGCUUUGGCUUUUGUCAACGGCAAGCUUGGCGCUUCUGGCGAGGCCGCUCCUGUUCAACCCUCUACUGGCUCCGACGACAGCGCUGGUGGUAGCCCGAGUGCUACCGGAGGAAACGGACAGGAGCAGGGCACCAACUGUGCCGCUCUCUGGGGUCAAUGCGGCGGCCAGGCAUUCACCGGAGCCACCUGUUGCUCAGAGGGAACUUGCAAGCAGUUCAACCAGUAUUACUCGCAGUGCUUGAAUUAG